AUGAAGGACGCGUUUGGCCUGAAUGCGACAGGAAGCGGCUCGAUCGAUGGCGCCGACACCUCUGCGAAUGUGGCCGCUGCGAAUGCCGGCACGGGUGGCGCUGCCCAGCUGGGCCUCGCCGUCGGUGCAUCGGAUUUGGUCGCUCGCUACUGCAACCACCUUGGAUUGGACAUGUCGAUUGUACGAGUGACAGAAGCUAUCACCAUGCGCAUCCAAGAACAGGGUUGUUUAGCUGGUAGGUCGCCCAUUACUAUUGCUGCAGCUACCAUCUACCUUGUAACCAUGCUAGUAAACGAACAGCGCACGGCACGCCGUAUCUCUGUUGCAGCAGGUGUGUCAGACGUGACCAUCAAGCACUCUUACAGGGAACUGCUGAAGGUCUUGGACCAGGUGCUCACACCCGAUAUUAUUGCAAAAGAUGCUCGCAUUGAUGUGAGUCGAGUUGACGCCAAAUGA